AUGACUGUUUGUAAGUUUUUCUUGGAGGGUCGAUGUAGCUUUGGCUCAACCUGUAGAAAUGAGCAUCCACCUGAGACUCAACAACGUAAUAAUCAACGUUUUGGUGCUACAGGUUCGAGUACCCAAUUACAAUCCCGAUUAGGUGGUUUUGGUCACUCUACUGCUACCAAAAUAUAUGACGAAAAAUCUGUAAGAGCAGAUUUAUCCAAAGACCGUCCUUUGUACAAGUACUCCUCGUACGGACCGGCAAAAGAAGAACCGAAUUUAAUAGAGGGUACGGACUUCUCUGCCGAAGAAUUACGAGUACAAUAUUAUAAUAUCAUCAGCACGAGUGGAAAUGAUACAGCUUAC